AUGGCCGCAGAUGCGUCGGAAAGGAAGGCUCUGAGAUACAAGCAAACCCUGCUCUAUGGGGAGUACCAAGAGCACCAAGGAGGCUCUGGUAGACGGGAGGCCACGCGCCUGCUGACAGAGAGACAGAUCAAGAAACAUGGCAACCAUCCCCGCAGCCACGCGAGGACACGACAUGGACACGGCCGCCGCGGCCAUGGUCAAAAUGGAUACCACAGUCGACACGGACAUCAGCACAGCUUUCACAGCAGACAAAGGAACAGGCGUCAUACCAACAUGGAGGCAGAGGCUGAUGCUGAUGAGCAGACAGCUGAGCCCGACAUCGUGUCCUCCAUAAAGAAGAGACGCUCGUACUCCAAGUGUAGAGACUGCAUAGCACGGGUUCAGAGAUUCCUCGUGACCAGGUUGGGAGAAGACUGGAUCUUCCUCGUUAUGCUGGGCAUCACAAUGGCUCUGGUCAGCUGGACAAUGGACUAUGCCAGUGCCAAAAGCCUGCAAGCCUAUAAAUGGAUUUAUGGGGAGCUGAAGGGGAACAUCCCCCUGCAGUACCUGGCCUGGGUUUCAUAUCCCCUGAUAUUCAUCCUGUUCUCCUCCCUCUUCUGUCACCUGGUCUCUCCUCAAGCUAUCGGUUCUGGUAUCCCUGAGUUGAAGACCAUCCUGAGAGGUGUGGUGCUGAAGGAAUAUUUAACGCUCAAGGCCUUUGUUGCUAAAGUCAUUGGUCUGACUGCUGCCCUGGGCAGCGGGAUGCCUGUGGGCAAAGAGGGCCCGUUUGUUCACAUUGCCAGUAUCUGUGCUGCAGUUCUCAGCAGGUUCAUGUCCUUCUUUUCUGGAGUUUAUCAGAAUCCAUACUGUUAUACAGACAUCCUGACAGUGGGCUGUGCUGUGGGGGUGGGCUGCUGCUUUGGUACUCCACUUGGAGGUGUGCUCUUCAGCAUAGAGGUGACUUCUACAUACUUUGCUGUGAGAAACUACUGGAGGGGAUACUUUGCUGCUACAUUUAGUGCCUUCAUAUUCAGAGUGCUAUCUGUGUUCAACAAAGACGCAGUAACCAUCACUGCUCUGUUCAGGACAAACUUUCGCAUGGAUUUCCCUUUUGACCUGCAGGAGUUGCCAGCAUUUGCCAUCAUUGGCAUCUCCUGUGGGUUCCUGGGGGCGUUCUUCGUCUACCUCAACAGACAGGUGGUGCUGUUCAUGAGACGACACAACGCCAUGACCCGCUUCCUGACCAAAUACCGGCUGAUCUUUCCUGCCGUGGUAACGCUGGUCAUCGCCACCUUAACGUUCCCACCCGGGUUUGGACAGUUCAUGGCAGGAGAGCUGAUGCCCAGGGAGUGCAUCAACUCUCUGUUUGACAACUUCACAUGGACAAAGAUUUCAGGAUCUCCUCCUCCGGUCGGUCUCGGUCGCUCCACCGCCUGGCUGCACCCUGAUGUCAGUGUCUUCCUCAUCCUGCUGCUCUUCUUCCUCAUGAAGUUCUGGAUGUCUGCAGUGGCCACCACCAUGCCCAUCCCAUCUGGGGCCUUCAUGCCUGUCUUCAUCCUGGGAGCUGCAUUUGGCAGGCUGGUGGGGGAGAUCAUGGCCACCCUGUUUCCUCAUGGGAUCGUGUUUGAUGGCAUCCUCUACCGCAUCAUCCCUGGAGGGUACGCUGUCAUUGGAGCGGCAGCUUUGACCGGAGCCGUGACUCACACCGUCUCCACAGCGGUUAUCUGCUUCGAGUUGACGGGCCAGAUCUCUCACAUCCUGCCCAUGAUGGUGGCAGUAAUCCUGGCCAACAUGGUGGCCCAGGGCCUGCAGCCCUCUCUGUACGACUCCAUCAUCCAGGUGAAGAAGCUGCCGUACCUGCCGGAGCUCGGCUUCGGACACAUGAGCCAGUACAACAUCUUUGUAGAAGACAUCAUGGUGAGAAAAGUGAAGUUUAUAUCGUCUCAGUCCACGUACAGGGAAGUCAAACUCCUGCUGGACUCCUCGUCACUCAAGUCAAUCCCACUGGUCGACUCAAAAGAUUCUAUGAUCCUGUUGGGCAGCAUUGACAGGUUGGAGCUUCUGGCUCUCUGUGAUUGGUGGUUGUCACCAGAGAGAAGGCUCCUGAUGCAGAACCAGUCUCAGAAACACAGCUGGGAAUCCUUCGCCUUCGUAGAUGAGGAGGAGGAGGACGAUGAGGAGAAGGGCAGCCCGGUGCAGGAGGAGAGGAACGGUCCCCUGCCUCCAUCAAAACCUCAGGAGUCUUCUUCAAACCACACUGCUCCUGUUCCUGAAAAAGGUCCUCUACAGUCUGUGAGGACGACACUCAGGAAUCUCUUCAACUCUGAGAACAGACAGACAGAGGGACAGUCACAGGAGCCCUGUCCCCCUCCCCUGUCAGACACGAUGACACCAGAGGAGAUCAAAGCGUGGGAAGAGGCAGAGAUGGACAAGCCGAUGGAAAUCGAUGACAUACGAGUAGACCCCUCCCCUUUCCAGCUUGUUGAGAGAACGUCAUUACACAAGACCCACACUUUAUUCUCACUGCUGGGCCUAAGUCAUGCUUAUGUGACCAGUAUCGGCAAACUGGUGGGGGUGGUGGCGCUCAAAGAGCUCCAGAAAGCUAUAGAGGGCUCCACCCGCUCUGGUGUCCGGCUGCGUCCUCCCCUCGCCAGCUUUCGCGACAUCAGCAACCACAACUCUGUCACUAAACCUCCGCCCUCUUCUCCCGCUGCGUCUUCAUCUCUGACCGCCACCCCCUCUCCCUCAGCUCCGACCGCUCCACAGCCUCCUUCGCCCUCUCACCACCACCACCACCAUCACUGCCAAGAGAAUGAGACAGAGGUGUGGAUUGAGGGUGUGAAGACGGAGGCGGAGGAGAGAAGGAGCAGCAGCGCAGGUAGCGGCGGGGGCAGCAGCACCAGCGCAGGGGCCUGCACCUCCACCAGCAGGAGCUGUAGCUACAACAGCAACCUCACCCUCCCUCCCUCCUCCACUCCUCCCCCUGUCCCCUCUUCCUCCGCUCCCCCUCCCUCCUCCGUCCCUUCCUCCACCAUGGGACCCCGACAGGGACUCUUUGAGGGGGAUGAAGACAGCGAUGAUGAGCCAAUGGUUUAG